UUUUGUUGUAAUCUUAGAGGAUGUCAAUCUCAUUAUUAUGACCUUUCUCUCAGCUGACUCAGAUGCUUUCAGAAGCAUUGUUUAUUAUUCACUAUUCAUUCAGAUUUCCUAGUUUUACAUUCUCAAUUUUAUUAUUUUUAUUUAUUCUAACACCCUGCCUUUCAGAUAAUGAUCGUGGUGUUGCUUUGAAACGCCCAAGUCAGCGUGCCCUAGAUGUAGUUCCCUCAAAACAACAACGAAUGCAUGUCACCGUUCGACAAAAUAGAGGUUAUGGUUUUGCCACUGGAAGCCCUAUUGAUGUGAAACCUACAUUGAAAAGAACAACAGAUGUGGUUGAUAUUGUGACUCUAUCGUCCGAUAGUGAGUCAGAGCAAGAGCAGUUUGCUUCCCUAAACAAAUCACAGGGUAAGGAUGCAGAGUGUCCAGUGUGCAUCAAGUUUGGCAAGCCUAAGGCUGGAGACGGUAAUGCACACACAUGCACCCUGUGCCAAGUACCAAUUCAUGCUUUUGGUUGCUCUGUUUCCCGUGGAAGUGGUGAAGAGGGAUAUGGGGGGAAUGAUCUACUGUGCAUUGCUUGCUCAAAGAAGCAAACCAAAACCAUAACAGCACCUUCCAUUUGCCAGCUUUGUCGAACAGAUGCUGGUGAGGGCCACGUAUGUUCUUGUCAUAUCUGCAAUAUGCCAAUUGAUCCUGCCCUCGAUAUUGCUGAUACGGUAACAUGCUACCGUUGUCAAAGAACUUGCCACGACUUUCUAUGCAGCUCACUAAUUAAUGCUGUAGAAUUGAAUGUAGCAAAUAAUAAGAGAUCCAUUUGCACAGCUUGUGAGCAUUCUUUAAAAACUGGAAUGAGUCUUGCUGCUUUUCAAGACAUCGAUUUACAAAACAUGCUUACGGAUGAGCACAUGCAGCGUGCAAGUUCCAUGCUGAAAGAAGAAUUUGGCGGAAAAAUUGAUGGUCUGUCCUGUCCUCUUAGUGUGACCUAUGGAGAGAAGGUUGAGGAAAUUAAUUACUAUCCACCACGAAAGAGGGCGAGAGAUUACUUGCAGAUUAUGCACACAGGACGUAGUAACCACUGGGUUACGGCUGUUUUCAUGAAAGGAUCCUCAACUGUUACCAUUUUAGACAGUCUGCGUACCACAGGUCUGUCGGGACACACCAAAAUGCAAUGUGCUAUGAUUGCUCAGUCGGAUGAGUCUAACGUGAUCAUUGUGCGACCACCAUGUGCUCAGCAAAAAAAUUCUGUUGACUGUGCUCUUUACUCAAUAGCACAUGCUGUAGAGUUCUGCCAUGUAGGAAAGGUUCAAUUUAUUGACUUUGAUCCCUCUCAGUUGAGAAGUCAUUGGAAGCAGUGUGUGGAGACUGGAAAACUGUCCGUCUUUCCAAGAAGAUCAGCCAGACCCAAAAGAACCCUUGAGGAAGAUGAUGUGUGUGUCUUAAAAAUCUACUGCACUUGCAGAUUACCUGAUACUGUUGACAAUAUGAUUCUUUGUGAAUUGUGCGGCUCCUGGUACCACAAGGCCUGUGAGGGCGUGAAAGAAGACCCUGGCACCUCUUGGAUGUGCAAAAAAUGCAAGGCGUAGGUGAUUCGUAAAUGGGUUCUGAAAAGGCAGAAGUUAUAGGCGGUGUUUCAGGAAAUAUCUCAGUUUGUUUGUAACAAUAUGCUUUGAGGCCUUUUUUCAUAUCAUUCUAGUCAACUAUUGUCUUGAUUUUAAUGAUGUAAAUAUGCUUUGAGGCCUUUUUUCAUAUCAUCCUAGUCAACUAUGGUCUUGAUUUUAAUGAUGUAACAAGUUCAACACUGUUGUAUUAUUGAUGUGAGCUUUGUCAACUGAACUCAUUAUAGAGGUAAUUAUUAGGUUUUAAAUCAUGAAGCUUGUGAAAAGUAGAUAUGAUUUAAGAAGUAUUUUAGGUAUUUGUUGUUGGUAUUCUAUAUGGAUAAUGUUUUGUAUUGUUAUACUUGACUGCCUGUCGCUAUGGUCCUCCUUUUGGUGCUGCAAACACAAACGUUGCACAUAUUUAUUUUAGGAGUCUAAUUCUGGAUUUUAACUUGACUGUAAACUGCUUGUAAUUACCAAAUACACCUACUUUCAAUGUCUAACAAUGCCAAUGCAGCUGAUAAGUGUAUGUUCUUUGUUUUUACAAUCACUUUAAAUAAUUGUGCUCAGGAGAUCUAUCUUGAGUAUAUUGGCAUCUGACUUUUGUGAUUUGUCAUACCUUUUUCUGGAAGAUUAUAAAAUUCUAAAUACG